AUGGCCACACCUUUGGCGUCGGGCGUUGGCACACCACUCACAUGGCUGUGCACCCAGGUGGAGUCUCUUCAACGCUUGGUGGUUGGGCUCCUCACGCGGGUUGCCGACCUAGAACGAGAUGUGGCACCAUUGAAGUCUCACAUCAAUGGCGGAGGAUGUGUGCCGCCAGCUUGGCGUCAAUCAAAAGAUGACGAUGUGGAUGGCCUCAAGGACACUGUCACCAAGCUUCUCGCAUUUAUGAAGAGGUUGGAUGAGCGCCUACCACCGCCACUGAUCUCACACCAAGAGUGCCAAGAGAAGUUGGCAGAGCGUCCUAGCGAGGUUCGAGGGCUUUACGAUGAUGUGGAAGAGCAUUUCUUGAGAAGCCACCUGGAGGCCCCAGCGGUCAAUGCAGUCGAGCUUCAGGGCCUGCUUUUUACCGUGGCCUUUGGAGAUGAGGCCGAGGCAUUGAUGAUGAUCAGUAGCGCUGAUGCGAUGGGGAAGCCCACAGAGGUGCAAUUGGACGUCAAAGAUUCCAAUGGACGUACUGCCCUCCAUUGUGCCGCGUCCAGAGGGUCUGCUGCUAUUACCCGUAUGCUUUUAGAUCACUCGAACUUUGUGCACUAUAUCAAUAGCCCGGACCGGUACCUCCGAACAGCUUUGCAUAUGGCAGCCCGGGCUGGACAUGCAGACGUUUGCCGGUUGCUAUUGAACCACCGACUGUUCAAUUCUCCUAGCGCAGCAGAUUGCGAUGGUCAAACGGCCUUGCACCAUGCAGCGGCAGCUGGGCAGGACGAAGUAUGCGCUGCGCUGAUGGAGCACUCAGACUUCAGCGGUUUGGAGGUCGUGGACUGUUUUGGGCGGACCGCUUUGCACUAUGCUGCUCGAGGAGGACAUGAGGAGGUGGCGGAGAUCUUGCUGAAGGAUGCUCAAAUGAGCACAGUUUGGCUGAUGGACUGUGACCAUUUGUCCCCAUUGCAUUGCGCUGCAUUCCGCGGGCACAAUGGCUUCUGUGAAAAGAUUGUUGCUCAUAGCAGCUUCAAAGAAGCUUGUGACGCAGGCGUCCUCAAGGUUGCUUCAUUGCGACAUGCCAGAGAUGAAGUGCGCACAACACUACAGCAAGCCUUGGAAGCCAUUGGUUUGUCUUUACCACCGCUCAAUGAACAUGGAUGUCAGGACGAACCAGAUGCAUUGCAAGGUGGCUCCGAAGCAGAGUGCCAAGAGCAUUCGCCCGGUCUAGAGCCCGCCGAAGAGAGGGUGGAGGGCUUUCCAGGGCUUGGCGCCAAAAGCAUGUUUGGUGGAUCUCCGUUGGUGGCAAUAGAUCAGCAGCUCCAAGCAGUGAAAGUGAAACCCAUGGACUAUUUCGCACAGCUGGAUCGUGAUGGAGACGGCCGACUGACAGAUGAGGAGCUGCGAAAGUGUUUGCUAAGUGUUGGGUACAAAGUGAGCGCCAAAGAACUGGAAGAUUUGCUCACGCGUUUGGAUGCAGAGCGGGCUGGCACUGUGGACAUCGUUGUGCUGGACAGGGCCGUGAAAUUGGAUGGGGCAGAGUUCGAAGCCAAGCGACGUCAGGAGCUGGAGCGAGCCAUGAGGAGAGCUGCAGGCCUAGAAGGUGACGCAGAUGCUGAGCCCACGCACCCGGCGAUCAUGGCACUCCUCCAAAAGCUCAAGGACGUUCGGAUCUUCGAGCUGUUCCGGACCUUUGAUAGAGAUGGAGAUGGUUUUUGGUCACCUUCGGAGUUGCGGAAUGCCCUACAUAGCACAGGCCAUGAAGUGAACACCGAAGACGUUAAUGCGGUAAUGGAGUUGAUGGAUUCCAACCACAACGGUUUCAUUGAUGUGAAGGAGCUUGCACGCGCCCUGCAUCGAGCAAAAUCGAGAGCCAACCAAAACAGCCCAGGGAGCGAAGAAACUUCGGAGUUAGACUUUACCAAUACCUUGCAAGAGAUUGCUGCUACCGCUGCCUUAGUUGCCAUCUACGAGCGCCUGGAGCACAACAAGCUUAGAACCACAGAUUUUCUUCAGCUUUUCAACCGAAGUAGUGAAGAGUAUUUGAUGCCUGCCGAGCUUCAGACAGGAUUGCAGCAAAUUGGCUACGAGAUCAGCCAGCAGGAACUGAACGCGCUUCUUUUCGUCUUAGACGUCGAUCGGCUGGGCAUGUUGAACAUCAAGGAGUUCGAGCGCCGUGUGAAGUCAGCCGCGCGGGAGGCACUGGAGGCAGCUGCCCUCCGCUUGGCACAGGACAGUCCGACUGACACCUCCGUGGUUGACAUUCUGACCAAAGUGAAUGCAGCAUUGCACUCUGGAAAGCUGACAGUCUAUGGGCGGAAAAUUUAUGAUGCACACGGUUUCUUCAAGGCCAUUGACAAAGAUGGCAGCGGGUCGUUGGACCCUCCAGAGCUCCAGCGUGGCUUUCGGCGCUUGGGUGUAGAAUUGUCGGACCAGCUGUUAUUGCAGCUCAGCGAAGCCAUCGACACCAACGAAAACGGCAAAAUUGAGCUGGAUGAAUUCAUCCGUGCCCUGCACAACCCCAAGAGUAUGCAGAAGAGACCAAGUGUGACCAAAGCUCCCGGAGCUGCUUCGAGGUCCCGGUCUUCCAGCCAGCAGCCAUCAGGCGGCCGUUUGUCAAUUCCAGCCACUCCAAAAGAGGCAGAGCAUCCUAGCUCACAGCGGAGCCGAAGCCCUUUCGGUCCUGUCAGCAGCCGCAGGCAGUCACUGGAAGACGCUGGGCCCCAACGCAGCUCUAUUGCGGAGGGUCGUGCAAGGACCAGCCAACGCAGCUCUAGCCCCAGGAUUGUUCAGACUACCCGAGGAAGUCUAAGCAAUAGCCCUCGCCCAAGGACUUCCCUCAAAGAGACGGCUGACAAGAAGGAUGAAAGGAAAGACGAUGGAGGUGAGAAGGCGGUUGAUGCGAUGGGGGCUUUGCGAUUGAUUUACGAACACAUGGAGAAGAAACGGCUCAGAACCAUUGACUUGUUCCGCCGCUUUGACCAGAGUGAUGACGGAUCGAUCACCAGAAGCGAACUUCGGAAGGGUUUGGAAGAAAUCGGCGUGGAGAUCGAUCCUGCCUCGUUCAAGUCAUUGGUUGGCCAUCUUGAUCGAGACAGUGGAGGCACAAUUAACCUGAAGGAGUUGGACAGGGGCAUCAAGGAGGCAGUUCGAGAAAAGGUCAAGGAUACUCGGAUUGACCCAGAAAGGUUCGUGGAGUAUGCGCUGCUGAAAGAGAUCAACCAAAGACUUUUCUCAGGAACCCAAAUGGUUUUCGGCAAUCGCGUCACAGACAGCCGCAGUUUCUUCAGAGCCAUUGACAAGGACAACAGUGGGGAGCUCGACGCAAUGGAGCUGGCGCAAGGGCUAUUGAAGUUGGGUAUCUCAGUCGAAAGCGAAGAUAUGAUGAAAGAGGUGGUGAGUUGCAUUGACAAGAAUGCAAGUGGACUGAUCGACAAGGAGGAAUUCGUGAAGGCUUUGCAAAACCCGGAGGAGCUCUUGGCCAGCCCUGAAGCGAAGCCCAAGGAGCGUCCUGUUGUUCAACCCGGCAGUGAAGAAGAUGCCACUAAAGCACUUGCCGCCAUUCAUGAGCAGCUCUCAACAUCCAAGACCCGCACGACGGAUUGGUUCUACAGGAUGGACACCAGUCGAGAUGGUAAAAUCUCAAGAGCAGAACUGAAGAAAGGGCUGAAGGAGAUGGGCUGCAAUUUGAAUGCCUCAGACUUGAAAGCAGUCCUGCUAUACCUUGACAAAGAUGACUCUGGUAGCAUCAGCCUUCAAGAGCUUCAGAAAGGUAUGAAUCGAGCUGUGAGAGCUGUGGCAGAGGCUGCGAGCAAGCUGGAGCCAGUGGUCGAGGGCCCUGCCAAAAAUGUUUACGAAGCACUCCUAUUGAUCAAUGCAGCCUUGAGAAGCAACACCCAAUUGAUCUUCGGGCUGCGGGUCACCGACGGCCGUAGCUUCUUCAAAGCAAUGGACCGAGAUAGCAGCGGCACAUUGGAUCCACCGGAGGUGGCUCGGGGCUUCAAAAGACUGGGCGUGGAAGUAUCUGAGACAUUGCUCGACGAGAUCGUGGUGGCCGUAGAUGUCAACAAGAACGGGAUGAUUGAAAUGAGCGAAUUGCUCCAUGCUUUGAAGCUUCCACAAGACAUCGCAGCAGAAACUCCCCCACCUGAAGCGGAAGCUGAUAAGGAGAAGGAGGCUUUUGGUGAGGCUCCUGGUGAGUCUUCUGGUGAGCCUCCGGGUAAGGCUCCUGAAGAAAAGGCCACAGAGCCAGAAGCAGCGGCUGAGGAAAUGGACAGCCCAGAUGUUCUGAUGACAGCUAAAGCUGUGGCAAGUCCGUCUCCAAGCCGCAGGGCUUCUGCACAGUCGGAAAAGAUCAGCACUAUCCCUGAAGAAGGUGAGCAUCAGCCUGUGGAUCCGGUGGAGCCGGUGGAGGAGCCUGAGAAGUUCACUGAGAAGCCUCGCGUGUCAGGAUCUAGCAUAAAGUCUGGCAAAGUUGAUAUGGCACAGCAGGUGAGGCAGUCCACAACAGCAACACGAAAAUCUCAGGCAACUGGCCGUGGAGGGAGCCCUAGUCAGGGUGCAGGAAACCCUUUCAAGAGAGCAUCGAGGGCAGCAGGCAGCAGCGCGCCUGCAGCACGCAGAGGCACCCAGCUCAACACCCGCGCCACGCUCAACCGGGGCUCGCCAUCGCCACGGCCAAGCAGAGCCACCACCAUGGGAAGGACCACAGUGACCAACAGGUAG